AUGCAGACUGCUUCUACAAACAUUUGUGAAAGAAUGGGUCGCUCUCAGGAGCUCAGUGAAUUCAAGGGUAGUACCGUGAUAGGUUGCCACCUGUGCAAUAAGUUCAUCCGUGAAAUUUCCUUGCUACUAAAUAUUCCACAGUCAAUUGUUAGUGGUAUUAUAACAAAGUGGAAGCAACUGGGAACAACAGCAACUCCGCCACGAAGUGGUAGGCCACGUAAAAUGACACUCAGUGCUUAGAAGUUGCCAACUGUCUGCAGAGUCAAUAGCUAAAAACCUCCAAAAUUCAUGUGACCUUCAGAUUAGCACAACAGUUCGCACAGAGCUUCAUGGAAUUGGUGAUGUAAGGCU